AAGAAAAUCAAGAAUUAAAGUGGAGGGGGCGAAAGAAGAUUACACAGAGGUUGAAAUGAAGAGGAAAAGGGAGUUGGAGAAGGUGUCAGAAAUAAGGUCUGCCAUUGAAGAGCUCUCUAUGAUGGCCAAACUUAAACCUGGUGAUAAACAUGAUGCUGCUCACAUCCCCACAAAGACAUUUCUUCAUGUCUGCAACUUGGUUAUUCAAAUUCUUGAUAAGAUUGGACCGAAAAUGGCUGUUAUGAGACAAGACAUUCAUCAGAAUAUUCAGGUAAUUGGAAAGAAAUUAAUCUACGGCAUAACAACGCUGGGUCUGGCCAGACCCAGGGCGGGCCUCGGCCGACGGGAUUUUCCCCGGCACCGACGACUUUUGGUUGAAAAACUCCGACAUCUUGAGAACCAAUAUUCCGCUGUGAGUUGGGGCCAAUGUUCCGCCGCCGUGAACAACCAAUAUUCCGACUUUUGGGUGAGCUUCUGAGUUGGGCCCAUCAGAGCUCAAACAUUUCGGCGAGACCCAGGAGAGAGAGCGAGCUUGGUCUCUCACGAGCAGCCUGGUCCCAAAUUGUUUUUGUCUUUUUCCUUGCCACGUCAGUACGUAAGGCUUUGUUAGUUAAAAGCCUAUGUAAGUGUAGCGAUUCUCAAAACAAAAAGUGCAUGCAUGUAUGUGUGAACCCUAUUCAUCUCAUCUCAUCCACUUGAAAAGUUAAGACCUUAAUUGCCUCAAACAACCUACCCAAGAAAAAAGAAGAGAAAAAAACACAAAAAAUGCUGAGCAGAACGACAGCCACAAUCUCUGUUUCAGUCUCUGCUCUUUCUUCCACAAACUCAUAUCGAUUUCUCUGCCAUUUGAGCCCCAACGCAUCCAGAUUCUUGGGCCUCAAGAAGCUCUCGUGUACUUCUCCAAACCCUUUAUCCGACUUGUCGAGCAUAAGAUUGAACACCAAUAAAAACUCGAGAAUGGCGAGUUUCACGACCCGGGCGUCGGCGCAGCCCCUCAAGAAUCCGGGGGAGCUCAUCGAAUCCGUCGAAACCUUCAUCUUCGACUGCGAUGGAGUCAUAUGGAAAGGAGAUAAACUAAUAGAUGGAGUCCCAGAAACCCUUGAUAUGCUCCGGUCAAAGGGAAAGAGAUUAGUUUUUGUUACCAACAACUCAACAAAGUCUAGAAAACAAUAUGGUAAAAAGUUUGAGACACUUGGCCUGAAUGUCACUGAGGAGGAAAUUUUUGCAUCAUCUUUUGCUGCUGCUGCAUAUUUGAAGUCAAUUAAUUUCCCAAAAGAUAAAAAGGUGUAUGUGAUCGGUGAGGAUGGCAUCUUGAAGGAGCUUGAGCUUGCAGGAAUUCAAUACCUUGGUGGCCCAGAAGAUGGUGGUAAAAAGAUAGAGCUAAAGCCUGGAUUUCUCAUGGAGCAUGAUAAAGAUGUUGGGGCUGUUGUGGUUGGCUUUGAUCGUUAUUUUAACUACUACAAAAUCCAGUAUGGAACACUCUGUAUACGCGAAAACCCCGGGUGUCUAUUCAUUGCUACCAAUCGUGAUGCUGUCACACAUCUAACAGAUGCUCAGGAGUGGGCAGGUGGUGGUUCUAUGGUUGGUGCUGUCAGUGGAUCUACUCAACGUGAGCCACUGGUUGUGGGAAAGCCAUCAACCUUUAUGAUGGACUAUUUAGCAAACAAAUUUGGCAUUCUCAAGUCACAAAUAUGCAUGGUUGGGGACAGAUUAGAUACAGAUAUUUUGUUUGGACAAAAUGGUGGUUGCAAAACUCUUCUUGUUCUCUCAGGUGUGACUACAAUAUCAAUGCUGCAGAAUCCAAACAACUCCAUACAACCUGAUUUCUACACCAACAAGAUUUCAGAUUUCCUUCCCCUCAAAGCUGCAACUGUAUGAUAAUCACAUAUUCCUUAGACCCACGUGUUCGUUAUUUCAAUUUUUAAUGAUGAUCGUGAAUAUUCAAAAGCCAUCAACUUGUUUUCACUUUCACAAAAUUCUAGAACUAGACAGUGAUAGCUACAAAGACUACUUUCUUUUAUAGUUUCUGAACAUAUGAAUGUUGAAGUUCUAGUCUAGAAUAAUAUCUUUAGGCUCUCAAUCGGAUGGGGACUAUACCUCAUGAAUCGGAGGUUCUUAGUUCGAAUCUCUCAUUCCCCCUCCUCUUAGGUCCAAUUAUUUAUAAAAACAUAAAUAAAAUAUCUUUACCAAGUUUGAUUCUC